AUGUGUUACUUUUUAGGUGAUGGCUGUACAUAUUCCGCUGGAAUACUCUACACCGCAUUCCUUUCUGCUUUUUCAGCCAAUAGCGUUUCAACUUCAUUACUUCCUGGAUUAAUAUACGCACUUCCCCAAAUUAUAGCACUUGUUGUGUGCCCAUUCAUUAAAGUCGUUGGAUAUUCUGCCUCGGCAGCUUAUGGAGCAGCAUUAUUGGGCCUUAGUUUUGUUGCUUCCUCAUUUGUUUCCGAAAUCAAUGUAAUGUAUUUUACACUCGGGGUUUUGGCAAGCAUUGGUCUCCAACUCAGUUUUUCUUCUGGAAUUAUGGCUGUAACUGAAGCUUUUGCAGGCAGUCGUUUGUUUCCGUUAGCUUCGACCUGCACAAUGCUAGGUUCAGGAAUCGGUAUUUUUGUUGCAAAUCCACUCCUAGCUUGGGCUCUGUCCCUUUGGACCUGGAGUGAAAUAUUUUUCAUAGUAGCUGCAGUAUUCCUGAAUGUACUUAUUUCUGCAACGUUUUUUUAUUGGCUUGAUGAAAACAAACGAUUAAUGUCAAUUAGUUCGGAAAAUUCAGACUAUAAUGAAUCUCAACUGGAAACUAUAGAACACCUCAAGAUAAUUUAA